AUGCGUCAACUACGCAUUGGCGAGGAGGGGAAAGAAUGGGUGCGCAACCCGUCUCUCCCCAAGCGCUACACGGGGUUGACGUGCAAGAGCAUCCGGUCGAGCCUCAACUGCCAGAAGAACGGCCGCAAGGACACGGAGUAUCUCAACUACGAGUUUAAAAGCCCCGGAUGCAACAUCCAGAGGUUCGACCCGAAGGCGUUCCUGUCGAUGAUGCGCAACAAGGUGUUUCUGGGCGUCGGCGACUCGUUCAACCCCAACCUGCAGCACUCCGUGCGCUGCCUCGUCGAGAGCGUCGCUGCCACUAAGGACGUCAACGGCGCGCUCUUCAAGACGGGCCUCUCCGCGCAGGGCUACGUCGUGCCGCAGUACAACGCCACGUUCCUCACCAUCGCGUCCAGCUUCCUGGUCGACGCCACCCCCGUGGGAUCAGUGUCGAGCAGCAGUCCGUGGAAGGUGAAUCUGGACGUGCCCAGCAAGGAGUGGACUCCGUUUCUACGGCACUCGCACUACGUGGUGUUCUCUGCCGGCCACUGGUUCACCAAUUCUGGGAACCUGAGGCAGUGGUUUGUGAAGAAGCAGCAGCAGAAGGGCAUGACGUCAUCGGCAGCAAUGACGGCCGCAUACACGACAAUGCGCAACUACAUCGCGAGCUCCGGCUACACGGGCCUGCCCAUGGUGCUCACCUACACGGCCUCGCACUACGAGUCCGCGUUUGCUGCCACGGAUUCGGUGAAGGCAUGCAGUGGGGCCAAGGGGCCCAUGACCUCCAAGCAGAUGGCAUUUGCUUCCAAGAAAUCGGACGCGCUGGAAGGGAGGACCGCUGUGGUAAAGGUGUUCCAAGGAAACCCGACCUUCAAGAUUAUUGACGUCAGCAAGGCCAGCUUGAUGAGACCCGAUGCACACAUGGCGAAGUUCAGGGCGGGCACGUCGGACGAUGACUGCUCUCAUUUCUGUGUUCCUGGCGUCCCUGACACAUGUUCUCAUGUUGCUAUUGCGUUUGAGGCGCUGUCCUUGACGGGACCCCGUUGCCACGUGGAGGCCUCUAAUGCCACGUCGUCGGGUUCCGCGAACCCGUUGUCGCAAUGCGACCUGAGUGCCGGCCGCUGGGUGCGCAACCCGUUCGUGAAGCGCUACACGGGCUACAGCUGCCAGAGCAUUCGCUCGCAGCUCAACUGUGACCGGAACGGGCGCCCCGACUCGGAGUAUCUUAACUACGAGUGGAAAGCCCCCGGGUGCAGCAUCAAGAGGUUCAACACGGCAGCCUUUCUCAACACGGUGCGCAACAGGGUCUUCAUGUCGGCCGGCGACUCCUAUGCCACCAACCUCUACCACGCCCUGCGCUGCCUCAUCGAGACCACCACGAAAGUCCAAGACUACAGCACGAGCUCCGCGUUUGGGACAGGAGUGAAGGCGUCUGGCUUCAGCGUACCGUCGCACAACUUCAUCUUCCUCCGCCAGUCCACCAACUUCCUCGUCGAUUCCGAGCCUCAGGGCUCGGCAUCCAGCAAGGGCGUGUGGACGGUGCGGCUGUGGCAGGCGGAUUCCAAGUGGGCGAGGCUCAUUCCUCAUGUCAACUACGUGCUCUUUGCUACCGGUCAUUGGUUCACUAAUGCCCCGUCCAACACUCGGGACUACCGCAAUUACAACGGGAAGCAGAUUGAUAUCAACUCAAUGCAGGCCCUGCGCAGAGCGAUGAGGACGGUGCGUGAGGCGGUGCAAGCCGCCAACUUCCGCGGCAUGCCCCUGAUCCUCUCGUACACGGCAACACACUACCACAAGUCGUUCCCGCCGCAAGAUUCCAUGAAUGAUUGCAUGGGUGCCAAGUCGCCCGUGGGAGACAGCGUGGUGUCUUAUGCGGAAAAAAAUACUUUCUUCAUGAAAGCACGCAAUCAGCUGCGCUCGGUGAUGAGGAACUCGAGGUUCAAAAUCAUAGACAUCACGAGGGCUACACUGUACCGUCCAGAUGCACACUUGCAGAAGUACGGGGAGGAGUCAGAGGAUUGCUCUCAUUGGUGCGUUCCGGGCGUGCCCGACUCGUGGGCUGACAUCGUGUUUUCCUAUGUGACCGGCUCACUAGCGUGA